AUGGAGGGUAGAGAGGAAACUACAAAGGAGAGGCUCUUUCCUAAGCCCAGUCCGCAGCUGCCCAACUCGGCUGUUUUCCGAAGAGACUAUCUCAUACCAAACCGGCCGGGCUGCUUCACUGUGUCUGCGGAGGCUAUGGGGCUAUCGAAGGAGUUUAUGGAGGACCCUGUUGGGUGGAUCAUAGCCCAUUUUGGUGACAGAGAAGUUCCUGUGUCGCGGAAGGGCUCGGAGGAGCAGGAGUGCAGAGAGGACACUCUGCGGCAUUGGUAUGAGGAGCUCCGACAAGACGAGUGGUAUUUGAAAGAUUGGAAUUUCCAGUCCGAAUGCGAAGGCCUGGGAAUUGAACCUCCGUACAAAUGUCCUCCGCAGUUCUCCGAUGACUGGCUGAAUCCGUAUUGGCAUUCUAUCGAGCCCAAGGGAGGUAAGGAUUAUCGCUUCAUGUAUUGGGGCUCGGAAGGGAGCACUACACCUAAUCAUUUCGAUGUGAUGAUGAGCCAUAGCUGGUCUUAUAAUGUGAGAGGCAGGAAGGCGUGGAAAUUUGGGGCGCGCGAGAAUUGUAAGGAGCUGAGCAUUGAGUUCGAGCAGGGCCCUGGCGAGGUAGUGUUUGUGCCGAGUGGGUGGACUCACAGUGUUGUGAAUUUGGAGGAGGAUACCAUAUCGAUCAACCAUAAUUGGUUUUGUGGACCGAAUAUUCGGCGAGUGUAUGCGGCCUUUGAGGCGGACGUGGCGGAGGUGAUAAGGAAUCUGCAUGGAUUCGGUGUCGCACGGGAGCCCGACGCUCAGUGGUAUGAUGAGCAUGUGCAGCUUAUUCUGAAGGGUAAUGACAGUAUGGAUAUCACUAUGUUGGUUGACUGCAUAUUGAUGGGCGUUGAGAAAAUGCAAGAAGCUUGUGAGAGUUCUUGGAUGAAAUACUCUUUGGACCAGGCGAACAUGGUACUGUUGGACAUUCUGUCUAAGUAUAGAUCGGUCCUGAACGACACCACCAUCGACACUAUCAGCAACUUUGUAGAUUUUGGAAGCGUUUCUUGUGGUUCCUCGACUAUUGCUUCCGAAUGA